AUGUCUAAUACAACAGAAAAUACAUUCCGUAACUCGCUCAGAAACUUCAAUGUCGCAAGGUCAUCUCCCAUCUCGCUUCCUGCUGCAAACCAGGCAAACCAGGCAGCCAAUGAAAGCUCGCCUUUUGCAUCAAUCCGAAACAAAGCAUCCAACAUGUUCUCUAAUGUCACAUCAACGGUCCAAGAUUAUGUUCCCAUUGGAUUAAAUAGUGAGGAAGAAGAAGAACCAUGGUAUCAAAUGUCACGUGUAGAGGCAAGUAAAGCAUCCAUGGGAAACAAGAAUUGCAUGCUUCUUUUUGUUUUGGCAAUAUUCCCUGGAAAAUUCGCUGCUACAUUUACAUUGGGUAGUAUCUUGAUUCUUGUUAGUAUUGCCAUGUUGCGUGGCCCUUGGUCUCAUCUCUGCCACAUGAUAUCUGUGGAAAGACUCCCAUUCACUUGUUCAUAUCUCGGAACAAUGGGCCUGACACUAUAUUUCUCUAUUGGGGCUCGUAAAACUAUUCCUACAAUUAUAUUUGCAGUCUGUCAGUUAAUCGCUCUUGUCUGGUAUUUUGGAUCAUAUAUUCCUGGUGGAAUUUCAACUCUAAGAUACGGUACCUCCUACAUUGGAAGAAGAGCGACUUCUCUCCUUCCUAUAUAG